AUGAGCCCUCGACGCUCAUCCCGUGCUCGCUCGUCACAGCAGCCCCCUCUCGGUCCCAACCACACAACCUCCACCUCCUCAAUCAACCCCAGACCAGAUCGAGAUACUCGAACCAACAACUUUGCAGCCUCUCCUCGAGGACCCUCCACUCAGCGAUCUGAAUCUGCUGAUGGCGCAGACUCAUCAUCGCGGACCGAGCAGAUCGCACCGCGUCGCAGUCGCCGCAAUGGAGACGACAAAGAACAAGUAGUCAAACAACAGGCCGACGAUGAGGAAAAUGAUCUAGAACCUGCUGAUGAGGAAAUCACUCGCUGUAUCUGCGGGCAAGCCGAAUAUCCUGGUCCUUCGCCGGCGCUCCGUCAGCAGCAACCAAAUACCGACGUCUUGACCGAUGACACGGGUAACUUUUUCGUCCAAUGUGACAAAUGCAGUGUCUGGCAACACGGUGGCUGCAUGGGUCUACUGGAUGAGUCGAUGCUCCCGGAUGAAUACUACUGCGAACAAUGCAAACCACAAUACCACAAGAUCACAAAGUCCGCAAAUGGGGUAAAAUCUUCCCGAUAUCUCCCUGUCCUGGAGACUGGCUCCAGUCGAUCCUCUCCCUUAUCGUCAAAUCCUGAAAUGGGCCGCAAGAAAGAGAACAAGAACAAGCAGUCCGAGAGCACUAAGAGGAGGGCCACCUUCAAUAGUCGGGGUGCAUACGAUGAGGAUGAGAUGUUGAGGAGAGCCAUCGAGGAGAGCAAAGAGAUGGGUACCCUCGGCAAACGCACAAGAGAUGAAUCAGAAGAAAAUAAAGGUGCUUCCAAGCGACAACGCACGGGAUCCAACUCCUCAGGGACAGUCUCGAAGCGCAGCGAAUCGCCUGAUGUAGCGGUCGAUGACCCAAUUAGCAGAUCAACCACCAACGGUCGAACUGCCGCACAAAAAUUGAGAGGAGCUGCGGCUCGAAACAAUCGUGAGAAGGAGCUUCGAGAAAAAGCAAAGGAACAGCAGGCAGCGCAGCGUGCAGAGGCGGCGAGCAAACGUAAUGCUCGUUCAGAACGAAGAAGGGCAGACGACUCACCUCCUCCCACCCCGAGCCUCUCUCCCUCAAAGGGAGGACAGCCCAAUGGCAAGACAAAAGCAGACACACCUCCGUCUGGGCGUUCGAACCAUAACAAUAACCGCAAGGUCGGCUCAAGACCAGCAGCAAGGCGAGGAAGACUUGGUAGAAAUCAAUAUACGCGUGACCAGACAAAUGGAGAAGAAGGGGACAAUACACCUCUGCGGGAUGGAUCUCACGAUAUCAACGGCCACGACAACAAAAGUGGAGGGUCACCUUCCGGUGCUGAUAGGAAGGGCAGUGGGGGAGCCGCUGCCGUACACAGCAUCAACGGCGAAAGCGGGCGCAGUUCAAAGGCCAAGACACACCCGGCGAGGACGAGUCUCAACGAGAUGAAGAGACGGGUGGCGGCAAUUUUGGAAUUUGUUGGACGCAUGCAGACUGAGCGAACGACGCAGGCUCAGGCGGCGAGCCAGGUAAACGGCGGCAGCGGAGGGAGUUCCAAGGGCUCGACGACGCCGAACGGCGUCAGCAAGACGUCAAGCACUUCGAGUUCGACCGGGAGUACCCUGCCGACGGCGAGUCUGGUCCGUGCUGUAGAGGCUGGGCUCAAAGACGUGAAGGAGAAAGACGACGACCAUGUGGUAUCGAUGAUUGAUGAGAGAGAGUUUGCGACGAUGGGGAGUGUAGACAUGAUGGAGACGUUGACGAGAGAGUUGGUCCAGUGGCAGAGUGUGUAUGGGGUAUAUUCGCGGUGA